AGCCAAUGAGAACGGUGAAGCGGGUAGGCACCAACCAGUGAGCCGGCUAAGGAAGUGGCGACACUGAGGCGCUGAAUCGGAGAAACUCCCUGUGGACUGAGGACCGCUUCUUCGCUUGUUCGCUGGACAGGAAGCUAAAAUGUCGGAACGGAAAGUUUUAAACAAAUACUACCCACCUGACUUUGACCCAUCGAAGAUCCCGAAACUCAAACUACCCAAGGACCGGCAGUAUGUGGUGCGUCUGAUGGCCCCCUUCAACAUGAGGUGUAAGACGUGUGGAGAAUACAUCUACAAGGGGAAGAAGUUCAAUGCACGAAAGGAAACAGUCCAGAACGAGGCCUACCUGGGCCUGCCAAUCUUCCGAUUCUACAUCAAGUGCACGCGCUGCUUGGCCGAGAUCACCUUCAAGACAGACCCAGAGAACACGGACUACACCAUGGAGCACGGGGCCACGCGCAACUUCCAGGCGGAGAAGCUUCUGGAGGAGGAGGAGAAGCGCGUGCAGAAGGAGCGAGAGGAUGAGGAACUGAACAACCCCAUGAAGGUCCUAGAGAACCGGACGAAGGACUCCAAGCUGGAGAUGGAAGUGCUGGNAAACCUGCAAGAGCUGAAAGACCUGAACCAGCGGCAGGCGCACGUGGACUUUGAGGCCAUGCUGCGGCAGCACCGCAUGUCUCAGGAGCAGUGGCAGCAGCAGCAGGAGGAGGAAGACGAGCGGGAGACAGCGGCCUUGCUGGAGGAGGCUCGCCAUCGAAGGCUUCUGGAGGACUCUGAGUCAGAGGAUGAGGCUCCACCUUCCCGACCACGGGCAACUGCAAGACCCAACCCCACAGCCAUCCUCAACGAGGUGCCCCCAAGAGCAGGAAGGCGGACAACCCUACACCCCAGACACCUGGCACGUCCUCCCUGAGCCAGCUGGGUGCAUACGGGGACAGCGAGGACAGCGACAGCUGAGUAUCAGUGAUGCCCACCGUGGUCUCAUAGACCCAAGAAAUGAGGAGGAGAUGGGAUCAAGCAAGCACCUUCAGCAAAGGCCUCGGGACCAUUUCUGCCAUGGCCUGGCAAUGUACGGAGAAGCAGUGUCCCCAGGAACCCCAGGACAGACAGCCUGGUCCUCUCCUUCAGUCCUUGAGUUGUGUGGAGCCUGCUGGCCGGUCCCUUCCUGCCACAGAUCUGAACACUGUCUGACAUGGGAUGGGGGAGGGGGGCAGGGACCCUAUCUCCCUAGCACCAUCUCCCAACAAUGCACAAGGCCUGGGGCUCCAUCUGAAUGCAACACAGUAGUGCUGUUUAAAAAAAAAACAAGAAGAAUAGAAAAUCAGUUGAGAACCAGAAGCGUGUGGAGAGAACCUGCCUGGCUGCAGGGGCUACCCCAGGGUUAACACCUAGGAUUUCUCCCAUACGCCCCUGCGCCUGGCCUCUCGGCAUGUCCUUCAUGCAGAAUUUGGGAUUAUAUCAGUCUGUGUUAUGAUACUGUAAGGAAGCGAUGUUGAGGCUGAAUCUGUUCUGUUGAAGUGAGCCAGGCACAGUGUAGAGGUGGAGAAACAGGCGUAUGUAGCCACAUUCUCGCCUCACCAGUGCUGGGAUCAGAGACUGAACCACCAAACUGAUCUUAAACCGGAAAUGUUCGUGUUGGAGUCUGCGUUUCCCAUGGGGACUCUUCCUUCUCACAGCCCAUGUUGGGGGUAGGGCUUCCCAAGCCAAGAUCAGGGACAUCCUGGUGUCUGGCUGGAGCCCUGUCCUGCUGACCUCCACUCACUCAGCUCUGUAGCUGCCAUCAUGUCCUCAGAAGUUGUCAGGUCUAAUCUGUCAGCUCCCUGGGGACCCCUGGCAAAGGGAACCACCACCUGCCCUGGGCAUUCAGAUGCUGGCUGUACCAGCUCCCCCAUAGCCCUCUGCCUGCUUGCUGGUCACAAGCCUGGUCCCUGCAGGAUGACAAAGCUACAUGGCAAGGGGCGGGGUGGCAUGCUACAAUGGCAUCUGUGAGGUCUUUUUGUCCCAGAUGCCACUGUUCCUCCAGCAGACUGAAGCAGCUGGACCUCACCCCCAGCCUGGGGAUCCUGAAAGGCUUGCCUCUUCCUUCAGACUAUGAGCUCAGAGAACCAAAUGUGUACUUCCUUCNAUCAGGCUGGGAACCAGGAAAGGCAUGGUCCUGAUGCCUCCCUCAAGCCAGGAGCCUUCCUACAGCACCCUCCGGACUGCAGGCUUCCCAAGGCAAGCCCUGCAUCUGCCACCAGACCACAAUUAGGCAAGACCUGCCUCCCUAUCAGCCAGAGUGUUUUGGUCCCCUACAUAUACAUGCAUGGGUUUUGGGUUUUUGAGUGGUCCUCACUAUGUAGCCUAAAGGUAUG